UUUGGGAAGACGGAACCUGCGGAGAACACACACCUGUAGAUACACACCUGAACGAAACAUACCUGUAGAAACCCACCUGCGAACCGCUUUGAGACAGUCAGAUAGCAGAGCCGGACCGGAUGGACAAACUGAAGAAGGUUCUGAGCGGAAACGAUGACGGAAACACCGACGGGACCGGAAUCAUAGAGAGAGCCAAUGAGGCGUCCACGCUGGCCUGGGGGACGAGGGUGAAGGGCUUCAUCGUCUGCUUCGUGCUGGGCGUCUUCUGCUCCAUCCUGGGCAGCUGUCUGCUGUGGGUCCCAGUUGUUGGUCUUGCUGUGUUCGCUGUCCUCUACAGUGUGGGAAACAUCUGCGCUCUGGCCAGCACCUUGUUUCUGAUUGGUCCGUGUCGACAGCUGAAGACCAUGUGUGCUAAAGAGAGAGCCUUUGCCACCGCCAUCAUGCUGGUGUGUCUGGUCCUGACUCUGUGUUCUGCGUUCUGGUGGAAGAACAACGGUCUGGCUCUCCUCUUCUGUGUCCUUCAGUUUCUGGCCUUCACCUGGUACGGACUGUCAUACAUCCCCUUCGCCAGAGACGGAAUCAUCAAAUUAUGUUCGAUGUGUCUCUGAAGUCCCACCCUCUGUCUGUCUGACCAGUCAGGAUGCUGCGAGGGGUGUAUCAGUCGGCAGCUGAUCGAAGGCCUUUAAACAUUUCAACCUCCAAAAUCUACAAACUCAGGUGUUGGUUUCCAUGGAGACAGGUUACCUUGUGUUAACCACUGUUAGCUGUUAGCAUGUUAGCCUGUUAAUUGUUAGCAAGUUAAUUUUUAAUUGUUAUCUUUUAACUGUUAGCUGUUAGCAUGGUAACUGUUAUCUUUUAACUGUAACUUUCAAUUGUCACCCGUUAGCGUUUUAACUAUAACUUUCAAUUGUUACCCGUUAGCAAUUUAACUGUACAUUUUAGCUGUUAGCAUGGUAACUGUUAGCUUAUGGCAUGGUAACUGUUAUCCCUUAUCUGUAACUUUCAAUUGUUACCUGUUACAGCUAACUGUACAUAUUAGCUGUUAGCAUGGUAACUGUUAACAUUUGCCUGUUCGCAGGUAGCAUGUUAGCUGUUAGCAUGUUAACUUUUAACUGUUGGCUGUUAACUAUUAAUCAUUAGCUGUUAGCAUGUUCACUGUCAACUCACGCAUUUUAAUUGUUAGCAUGUUAAAUGUUACCUUUUACUGUUAGUUGUUCGCUGUUAACUGUUAGCAUGUUAAUUGUUUAUUGUUAGCAUUGUAACUGUUGCCAUGAUAACUGUUAGCUGUUAGCUGUAAGCUUUCAGCAUGGUAGCUGUUAACUCUUACCUGUUAGCUUUUAGUAUGUUAACUGGAAGCUUUUAGCAUGUUAGCUGUUAGCCUGUUAACUGGUAGCUGUUAGCAUGCUAGCUGUGCGCCUGUUAACUGAUACAAUAAGCUGUUAGCAUGGUAACUGUUAACUCUUUCCUGUUAGCUUUUAGUAUGUUAACUGGUAGCUUUUAGCAUGUUAGCUGUUAGCCUGUUAACUGGUAGCUGUUAGCAUGCUAGCUGUGAGCCUAUUAACUGAUACAAUAAGCUGUUAGCAUGGUAACUGUUAACUUUUACCUGUUGGAUGUUAAAAUGUUAAUUGUUAGCAUGUUCACUGUUAUUAACUGUUAGCAUGGUAACUGUUAACUGUUAGCAUGUUAGCUGUUAACAUGGUCAAUGUUAGCAAUAAUCAAUCAAUCAAUCAAUUU